UGGAACAGUGAGAACGUGCUGGUCUACAAAAAAUAUUAAAUACAAGUGUUAAUUACCUUCCAAAAUGCAAUCCAAAUUGUGUAUUGUCCUAUUGGCCAUCGGCCUUAGCCAGAUUUUGGCAUUGCCAUCACCCUCGCUGGAAUUUAACAAUCCGAGCAACCAUUUACUUCAGCUGCUAAUUCAAUCCCGGGACAUUAACAGUGAUAGCACUCAUUCAAUAGAAUGCAUUACUUAUUAUAACACGGUGCUUAACGAGCUUUUCACCACAUACGAAUCUGAUUUUAAGGUUUGUUUGGCAGAGUCUGCUGAAGAGACCGCAGCGAUCGAAGACACAACCAAGCAGGAAAGAGAUGAGAUAAACUCCUCCGCGACGAGCUCCUGCGCUGCUCUCAGCGCUUGCAGUGAAAUAGAAACCGCUGAGCAGUUCUUUAAGUGCUACAGUGAAGCCGGUUCAAGCGGCACUAAGACCCUGUUCACCAUCUCUGCCGACGCCUCCGAACAACUGGCUCUUGUGGAAGAACAAGUGCGUCUUAUUCAGGUGAAAGAAUAUGCGUGCACCAACAAAACUCAGAGGGAAUACACCGAGAACUCUGCUGGCGUAUACGUGGAGCUGCAACUUUGCAUUGCUGGUGCUCCCAUCCCAUCGGAAACCACAAGCACACAAGCUACCUCUACAGAAUCUUCGACUGAUUCCUCAUCUUCCGAUCCCGAGUCCUCAACUGAUUCGUCAUCUGCAGCCACGGACUCCUCUACUGAUUCAUCAUCUGCUGAACCAGAAUCCUCGACUGAUUCGUCAUCUGUAGCCACGGAAUCCUCUACUGAUUCAUCAUCUGCUGAACCAGAAUCCUCGACUGAUUCGUCAUCUGUAGCCACGGAGUCCUCUACUGAUUCAUCAUCUGCUGAACCAGAAUCCUCGACUGAUUCGUCCUCUGCUGCAACGGAAUCCUCUACUGAUUCAUCAUCUGCUGAACCAGAAUCCUCGACUGAUUCGUCAUCUGUAGCCACGGAAUCCUCUACUGAUUCAUCAUCUGCUGAACCAGAAUCCUCGACUGAUUCGUCCUCUUCUGCAACGGAAUCCUCAACUGAUUCUUCAUCAGUAGACCCCGAAUCCUCAACUGCUGAGUCGCAACAAGCUCCCGAGGAGGACCUAAAAUCGAUUUCCAGCAAGAACAGUAACGAUAUCCAGGAAAUGCUGAAGAGCCUGCGCCAGUGGAUGGUAACUCACUAAGCGGAAGUCUUCUUUAUUAAUUUAAAUCUAAACGAAGCAUGAAAAAUAAAUAUAUAUUAAUAUAUAAAGAAUUUAUAUAAGAACUAAGAUUAUGACUUAUUUUUCAGUUGGCUAAAAUGCAAUGUUUUGGGAAUUGAAGAUUGCAUGGAAAAAGUCGCAUUUAAGUUUAACCUCUUUCUGCUUUAUUUCUAAGAAUAAAAAUCCAAAAAAUAAACCCGA